GAACACCCGCGCAACUCUUCCUCUUGCGAACCUCUACACACGCACAGUCCGCCGGCUACUUCUCUCCUCUAUAUUCUGCAUUCCUUCGACACCAUCAUCAUCACGACUGGCCGCUGCAGUACCGGCAAUUUGACGAUGGAUGGCAGUUGUCGACAUUUCCUGUCCUGACCGUUCUCCCCACCCUGCCUCAGCAUCAUCAUCACAAUUUACAUCCUGUCGGUUUACCACACCACGUAACGGAUAUGACUACCGUCACCACCGCCUUUCCUCCGACCUCACCGUAAGGCUUAGGCUAAACGAUCUUUUCUUCACGCCGGGAGAAGGCUGUACUCCACCACCUGCGGCCUGACAACGCUUCCUCAUCACUCUUCCCUCUGUGUCAAAUGUGCUAUACGUAACCAGUCCCACCUCCGACCUCUCCUGUCCUCAUCCGCUCUCUCGUCAUCGUCACUGUUCGGUGCUGCCAUACAUGCGGGAAGCUUGCGUGUCAACCGAUGGGACAUGCAUUGACUUGCUACACACCAUCCACAUUCCACUUCCAAUUUGACGAUCACGAUCUUUGGCUCCCUCCCAGCAAGAAGCCUACCGAAGACUCAACGCUGCGGUUGACUUUGCCAGUCAUGGAAGGUGAUCAGACAUAUAACAAUGGACCUGCCUGGACCUUCCAAAGCCCGGGCCAGACGCCUACCUCGACAUCCUUUGACACCAGCAUCUUCCAGACGCCAAAAUCAAUGGCAUAUCCCUCACACUUUCAAGACGCCUUCAACACACCACAUCUGCAAAGCUACAAUACCCCGCAGCAGCCCGAGUACCCUAUCCUGACACCACAACAGCAGCAGCAGUUCAUGCCUGUGGAGACUCUUCGCUCGAAUGCCUAUGCCAAUGGACAACCGAUGGUGGGACGUGCUGAUGAUACCGGUGCGAUGGAUAUGGGGCUCGUGAAUGGACAGAGCAAUGCAAACAUGCCGCAAAUGUCACAGGCAUAUGCUGCGCAGCAGGACAACAUCAUGGUUUCGGGGAACGACUUCCAUUCAGCUUUUGACCAGAACUCGUUUGCCAUGUCGUUCGAUUCGUCGCAGAUGCAGACGCCGCCUCCAACUGGUGAUUCUUCGGCAAAGCGUCUGCCACCAGGUCCACACGUCGCCUUUGAUACACCAUCAACGAUUGCCUCAAGAAGGAAUGUGACGCCUCAACAGUCUUACUACCCACAACAGGGAGUACAGCAGCAGCAGACCCCUGUACACUUCCCCUACCUACCUUUCUCUCCCGAAGAAUAUCCCUUCGCCAAUCUCGGACCCGUCACAGCUCCGGCAAUGACCCAAGGAAACGUUUUGUGGGCUCAAUCAUCUCCCACUGGGAUGUAUCCGCAACAGAAUUUACUAGCUGAUCCGUUCGCACCUGCACACUGCGAGUCCAUGAUGUGGCCCAGCAUGAACGCUACAGCGGGCGUGCAAGGCGUUGCAUUCGACACGCCCGCAAUGGUUGAGUUUCCCACAAUGGCGCCUCACCAGAUUCCAAUGUCAGCAACCUCUGUCGUACCGAGCUCGCGGCCGAGCACUAUGUCUGGCGCUGUGGACCCCGCUCUGCUCUUUGACUCGUCCCGAAAGUCGAUCUCCCAGCAACGGGAUCUUAGUCAGAUGAGCCAGUCCAAUGCAGGCGCUCUCACAGCAGCAGAUACUGCUCGCCGAGCAUCAGCUACCGAGGAUGCCAAUUCAUCCACCGUGCACACCCACUUUGAUGUGUCAUCGGCAGCGGCCAGACUACCAAGUGCGAACCGACCUGGGCUUCGACGAAGCAAUACCACCGGCACCAUGUCUGUGCUCCAACAGCAACAUCAACAUAUCCCUGCCCGGACCGGAUCCCCACUCAAGCGCGGUGGACUUCCUCUUACUUCUAUCACCGAAACAUCGGCAGCAGCAAAGAAGCCCCGCCAAAGGACUUCAGUCAUGCUUAUGAUCGAUGAGUCUGGAAGGGCUCGCACAGAAUCUCGCCCACUCUCCGCUAGUGGGAAGGUAGACAGCCCAACACAGUCAGCUCGUGCCAAGUAUCCCGGCCUCUUCGACAGCGAUUCAGAGGACUCGGACGAUGAAGCUAAUGAUGCCGCCAGCGACGCAUCGUCUGCGUCAAUUGCUGCACGCAAUGCGUCAUUCCACCCACAGUCCCGACCUCACGCGUCUGCCGGUCAUCAGUCCAAGGCUGGUCCGUACGAUCGCUCUUCGUCCGUAGUCGAUGAUGAUGAUGCCGCAUCGACUAUCCCCUCUCGAUCCUCCUCCUCCGCCUCAAACCGCGUCGCACCGUCUCGCGCAGCCAUUGCUGCCGUGGCACAGCUCCGUCGUGCAUCGAGUCUAAAGAGGUCGCAGAAGCGCAACAGCAUCGCCGGAAGUAGCUUUGCCUUCUCGACCGCCGACUCAUCCAUGCUUUUCGGCGAAACAUAUGGACCUCUUCCCACCCUGUCACAUCAAGGUGCCACUCUGGAGGACCACAAUCGCCGAUGGAGCACCCUGUCACUCGGCCAGCAGCAGCGACGAUAGUCUUGUCACCCUGCUCAUAGCUGCAUUGGAGCUGCACAUAACCAUCCCGUCCACGUUCUGUGGAUUUCUCGUCUUUGUUUUCAUGGACUUCCGAAAUUGCUGCGUUCAAGCGAUGAGAAUUUGUUCACCACUAUUAUUACCCCUAUUUGUUGAUUAUCCACGCUUCACGGUUCAGGAAAGGAGUUUUUGUGGCUUGUUGCCAGGUUUUCCAAUUGCAUAGAGUUUUGGGGAGGUCGGAAUGAGCACGGAUUGGACACACACACAAAGAAAAUGACUGAGACUCUCGCGAGAGCUAAGACCUUAACUUUAAUAUAUAGUAUCAGACCAUAUUACUAUUGUAUACGAGAUCUUCACCAACAU